CACAUUUUUCCAUUGUGGUAAUUUUUCUACACUUUCUCGGUAACCAAACGGAUCGAAUACAGAUAACCGACUCAUUACAAAAUAGGAGACCUGUACUCUUCGAGGAAGCGAUCGUCGUCGAGAUCGAGGUCGUCCUGGAGGUCCUCGAGCUCCUCUUCGAUUUUCUCAUCGAUCCAAGACUUGUCCUUGGGGAUAGAGGACUCGCCCGGGGCGGGUGUGAAGGGUGGGGGCUUGAACGCUGGGGGUUUCGGCGGUAAAUUCCCGAACUUUCGUUGUAAGUCGUCCCACUACGUCGACACGCCCUCCACGUCCUUGCACACGAAGUGGUAGUCCGCCAUUGUUGUUUCUUUGCUCGAGCUUUUCGAGUUUUCGGUAACUCUUGCACUCGAUUUUUUUUCUUUUUCGUUUACACUGCUGUCUCUCUCUCUGUGUCUGGUGCGCCCCUGACACGCGGGAGUGAUUUGGUGUGGGCGCGCAAGUAUAGGUACAUAGCGAGUUGACGGCACAGAUGAGAUCUGAUUCAUGUUUGAAAAAUUAUUGAAUUCGGGCUUUUACUCGGGUUAAUUGCGGUUGUUGGGUUUUGAAAAAAAACCCGAAAAGAAGGUAUCCAGGGGGCAGGGGCUCGAUCGACUAUUCUUUGAACUGAAUCCUCUAUUAAUUCUCUCAACUGUUCAAUAAUUUUCGGCAUAAUUCUUGAUUCAAACAAAGCCUCGUCUAGUGGAACAUUGCUAUUCGAGGCCAUGGCGUAUUGACUUAAAUCAGUAAUACCAAGCUGUUUCUUCUUGCUGCAAGUAAAGGGCAUACAACUUAUUUUAUCUCUCUUUUUUUUUUCCCCUUAGUCUGAAUGGGAUAAACUCAGAACACAGUAAACUAGAAUAUGGCUAUCUUAAACCUGCUACCAAGAUGUGCAACCAAACAGCACUCUUCUUCUACAAUUAAACGGAAUACAUCCUCCCAAACGUAAUUCUCGAUUUUGCAACUCCAAGCACGAUCGUCUCCCACAACUGCCCACCUCACGUUCCCAGAAGCUGGAGAAAUCAGCAGCCAUCGCACCACCGGAGCACACCGCACGUGUAGGAAGAGGAAUCAGUAACCCUAAUCCCAUAGGAAGAGAAAUCCUAACCUAUUGAAGAGGCUUUGGACUGUUCUCUUGCUAUGGGCACUGAAGACGUCAUGAAAGUAGAUGUUGUUGAGGAAGAGAAUGAAGGAGAACAAGAGGAAGAAGUAGAAGAAGUAGAAGAAGAAGGAGAAGAAGGAGAAGAAGAGGAUGAAUGUGAGUAUACAUUCAGGUUUGAAGAAGGGAUAAACCCUUUGGAUUUUGUGGAAGACAAUGCUGCUUCUGGUGUCCAACCUUAUGAGCAAUUCGAGCGCCUCGAGUAUGAAGCUCUGGCAGAUAAAAAGCGAAAAUUACUUGCUGAUUGUCAGCGUGAAAGACCUACGAAGAAGGCCAGGCAAGAGGAUAUAUCUGGGGCAAGCUUUGAUGAAAUAAUGGAAGCCAUGAAUUUUGGUGGUCGAAGGAAAUCAAGGAAGCUUAAGAAAAGAGGUAGGCGGAAAGGAUCAAAGAAUAAAGUCAGCCCUGAGAUUGAACGAAUGAUUGCUGAUGCUAAUCUUCAUUUUGCACAUUGUUGUUAUGAUAAGGUCAUAUCAUUGUUGCAUGAGGUUAUUAGGCUAGCACCAAAUUUGCCCUAUCCGUAUCAUACACUUGGACUUGUCCAUGAAGCACUUGGUGACUAUAAGAAAGCCUCAAAUUUCUACAUGUUUUCCGCCCGUUUAAAACCAAAAGAUCCAACUCUAUGGAAGACGCUUUUUACCUGGUCCAUUGAAAACAGAAACAUUGGUCAAGCUAAUUAUUGCCUUUCCAAAGCAAUAGCGGCAGAACCUAGGAAUAUUACUCUAAGAAUACACCGUGCAUCCUUCCAUGUUGAGCUUGGAGAUUAUCAGAAAGCAGCAGAGUCAUAUGAACAAAUAUAUCGCCUUAAUCCUGAGAACAUUGAAGCAAUCACGUCAAGUGCUAAGUUUUACCAGAAAUGUGGUCAGCUUGAACAUUCUAUCCGCGUUCUUGAGGAUUAUGUUAAAACUCAUCCAAGUGAAGCUGAUUUGAGUGUGAUUGAUCUGCUAGCUGCCAUAUUCAUGGAAAGUAAUGCACAUGACAAAGCUCUCCAACUUAUUGAGCGUGCAAACUUGGCCUACUGUUCAGGAAAAGAGCUGCCUUUGAUUUUGACAAUAAAAGAAGGAAUCUGUCAUGCUCACCUUAAAAAUAUGGAGAAGGCAGAGAUUCUCUUCAAUGUUCUGCGGCCUGAAGGUAUCAAUGAUCAUGCUGACUUGUUCACUGAAGCUGCAGACUCGCUAAUGAAUCUUGAGCAUUAUAGUUCUGCAUUGAAGUACUAUCUGAUGUUGGAAGGAGGUGCUGAAGUUGACCAUGGGCUUUUAUAUCUGAAAAUUGCUCAGUGUUACUCAUUCUUGAAAGAAAGAGUGCAAGCAAUUCUCUUCUUGUACAAAGCGCUACAAAUGCUUGAGGAUAAUGUUGAUGCUCGAUUAACUCUCGCUUCCCUUCUUCUAGAAGAAGCUAAGGAAGAUGAAGCAAUUUCAUUGCUAACUCCUCCAAAAGAUUUAGACUCUAUUGAUCUACCACUGCCUGAAAAAUCUAAACCAUGGUGGCUAAAUGAAAAGGUGAAAUUGAAGCUUGCUCUCAUAUAUAGAGCUAAAGGGAUGCUUCAGGACUUUGUGGAUGCAAUCUUCCCUUUGGUUCGUGAGUCAUUAUAUGUUGAAACUCUUCAUCCUAAGGUUAAAGUGAAAAAGAGGCUCUCAAGAAGAGUUCUGUUUGAAAGAAUUAAAGUACUGGAAGAUCGUGAAACUGAGAACUUAUUUUCUGGAUUUAGACCAGUAGCUCCUUCAUCAGACCUGUCUAAAGCUGCCAGAGCAAAGCGGUUACUUCAGAAGAAGGAAACAUUAAGGGAGAAAAAGAAAGCUGAGGCACUGGCUUCUGGGGCUGAUUGGCAAAGUGAUUAUUCAGAGGAUGAGCCUCCGCAAGAAGUGCACCGAGAACCUCCCCUGCCUAAUCUUCUAAAAGAUGAAGAGCAUCAUUGCCUUAUAAUAGAUUUGUGUAAAUCACUGGCUUCCUUGAGAAGGUAUUGGGAAGCAUUGGAGAUUAUUAAUCUCACUCUAAGGUUGGCUCAUAACAUGCUGUCUGCAGAGAAGAAGGAGGAGCUUCGUUCUCUGGGAGCUCAGAUUGCAUACAAUACAACGGAUCCUAAGCAUGGAUUUGACUGUGUAAAAUACAUUGUUCAGCAGCAUUCAUACAGCCUCUCUGCCUGGAAUUGCUAUUACAAAGUAGUUUCAAGACUGGAGAAUCGUGAUUCGAGGCAUUGCAAGUUUCUCCGUGCUAUGUUAGGCAAACUCCUAGAUUGUGUACCACCCAUUAUCAUAUAUGGGCAUCAGUUUACCAUGGCCAGCAAUCAUCAACAUGCUGCAAGUAAAUACCUUGAAGCUUAUAAACUGCUGCCAGAGAAUCCCUUAAUUAAUCUGUGUGUCGGAACUUCCUUGAUUAAUUUAGCCCUUGGAUUCAGACUUCAAAACAAGCAUCAGUGUCUUGCCCAAGGCUUGGCUUUCCUCUACAACAAUUCACGUCUUUGUGAGAACAGCCAGGAAGCAUUAUAUAACAUAGCCCGGGCGUAUCAUCAUGUUGGCCUUGUAACUCUUGCAGCUUCAUAUUAUGAGAAAGUGCUUGCAGUUCGUGAGAAAGAUUACCCCAUCCCAAAGCUUCCUUGUGAGAAUCCAGACAUCGUUGAAAAUCGGAAACCAGGCUAUUGUGAUCUCCGCAGGGAAGCAGCUUACAAUCUGCAUCUUAUCUACAAAAAAAGUGGAGCAUUUGACCUAGCUAGACAAGUCUUGAAAGAUCAUUGCACCAUUUGAGUAUACAUCCUAUAUAUUUACUACUAACUGGCUGGAAACAAGGCUAUCUUUAUUUGUAGAUUUACAUGUAUAGUAAAUUAGCUUAUUAUAGCAUUGUGUUGGAAUUAAAGGAUACUGAUAUCUUUAAAUAGGUUUCUAAAUUAUUUGGGUAGUACUUCUUUUUCAUGUACUUGGUGCUUUAAGAAUUUUGGGAUUCUUUGAGUUUAAUUAUUUUGAUCUUGUUAUGGGAGAAAUUGUGUAAUUUUGCAAUUUAAGGGGUGUGGUCUUGGUUGUGAUGUGUAAAGAGAUUUGACUGUGUUUGAUGUUACCGUGUAUAGCUGGACUUAAUGGCAUGGAUUUGUAACAGCUAUGUGUUAUCUACUUCUAUUAGUUAUCAUUUGUUA